AUGCCAGGUGUUUCCGUCAGAGACGUUCCAGCUCAAGAUUUCAUUAACGCUUACGCUUCUUUCUUGCAAAGACAAGGUAAAUUGGAAGUUCCAGGUUAUGUUGAUUUAGUUAAAACCUCAGCUGGUAAUGAAUUACCACCACAAGAAGCUGAAACUUGGUUCUACAAACGUGCUGCUUCAGCUGCUCGUCACAUUUACUUGAGAAAACAAGUUGGUGUUGGUAAAUUAAACAAAUUAUACGGUGGUGCCGUCAACAGAGGUGGUGCUCCAGCUAGACACGCUGAUGCUUCAGGUUCUGUUAACAGAAGAGUUUUACAAGCUUUAGAAAAAAUUGGUGUUUUAGAAAUCUCUCCAAAAGGUGGUAGAAGAAUCUCUGACAAUGGUCAAAGAGAUUUAGAUCGUAUUGCUGCUCAAACUUUAGAAGAUGACGAAUAA